AUGGACGCAAUGGAGGUCGAGGAGGGUCCUCUUCUGGCUAUUGAUGCCAAGUUACACGCUGGAAUGUGCAGAGCAUUUCAUCCUGCGGUUUCUAAACUUCUAGCGAUUUUCCCGUUCAUCGAAGCAUCAAGGCCCAGAAGCAAGUCUGGCAUACAGGCACUUUGUUCACUGCAUGUAGCUCUGGAUAAAUCCAAAGGUCUUCUUCAACAUUGUGCAGAUUGCAGCCGGUUGUACUUGGCCAUCACUGCAGAAACUGUGCAUUUGAAGUUUGAGAAAUCAAGAAGCCAACUUCAGGAAAGUCUACGGCGUGUCGAAAGCAUAGUAACCGAAGAUAUUGGCCAUAAGAUUGUAGAGAUCAUUGGUGAGUUGGAGGAGGUUGUAUUUACAUUGGAUCAAUCAGAGAAGGAAGCUGGUGAUGAGGUGAUCAAUUUGCUCCAGAGAAACAAUAAAAUGAACAGUUCCAGCGAUAGUGGGGAGCUUGAGGUCUUUCAUAUGGCUGCUCUGAAGCUGGGAAUUACUUCUUCCAGGGCAGCAUUGACUGAGCGAAGAGCCCUCAAGAAGCUAAUUGAAAAGGCUCGUUCUGGAGAUGAUAAGCGGAAGGAGUUUGUUGUGUCCUACCUAUACAAUCUCAUGAGGAAAUACUCUAAAUUUUUCAGAAGUGAAGCAGGCGAUGAUACUGAUUCUCAAGGAUCAGCCCCAUGUUCACCUACAGUAUUAGGCAUGGAUGACAUGUAUGGCCCCUGCGGAAAUAGCCGAGCAUUCAGUAGACAGCUUUCGAGCAUUCAAUCAUUUAAUUCGAGGUUUGGGUCUUUCAAUUCGAGGCUUGGAUCAUUCAAUUGUAGGCCUAGUGGUCCAAGGUCCGAAAACAUGUCGAUCCCUCCUGAGGAACUCAGAUGUCCCAUUUCCUUGCAGCUGAUGUAUGACCCAGUUAUUGUUUCGUCUGGUCAGACUUAUGAGCGUGUUUGCAUUGAGAAAUGGUUUAAUGAUGGUCACAGCACAUGUCCCAAGACUCAGCAACAACUGGCCCACUUGUCUUUGACUCCAAACUACUGUGUUAAGGCCAUGAUUUCCAGCUGGUGUGAGCAGAAUGAUUUUCCAGUUCCAGAUGGUCCACCGGGAUCCUUUGAUGUAAAUUGGAGGCUUGCUUUAUCGGACUCCCAGGCAACGGGCUGUGUGUCUGUUGAUAGUUUUGACACUAGCAACAUCAAGGGUGUCAAGGUGGUUCCCCUGGAGAACGAGAGAAAAGAAGAACCUGCAAACAGCGAGUCAGGCACAUUGGAUGAUAGCUCUUGUUUUGAGUUUGAUAUGAAUGAGGGGUAUCGGAACUUGCUGCUGGUGCUUAAUGAAAGAAACAACAUACUGAGCCAGUGCAGAUUGGUUGAGCAGAUAAGAUAUCUGCUGAAAGACGAUGAGGAAGCAAGGAUCCAGAUGGGCUCAAAUGGGUUCGCUGAGGCUCUAGUUCAGUUCUUAAGGUAUUCUGUGGAAGAAGGAAAUGAGAAGGCACAAGAAGUUGGUGCCAUGGCUCUUUUCAACCUUGCAGUCAAUAAUAAUAGAAACAAGGGACUUCUGUUGUCUGCUGGAAUAGUCGAACUACUUGAGCAGAUGACCUCGAAUCCGCGCCUAGCUGCUGCAGCCACAGCGCUCUACCUUAACCUUUCCUGCCUCACCGACGCGAAGAGCGUGAUUGCUUCCACCCAGGCCGUGUCAUUCCUAGUGGACCGUCUGUACAACCACGACGCCUGCGACCCGAAAGCCAGCUCCUGCAAGCAUGAUGCUCUCUACACGCUGUACAACCUCUCCACCCACCAGGCCAGCAUCCCGUCGCUCCUGUCGGCCGGCAUCGUGGAUGUGCUCCACACGCUCCUGACGGACUCCUCGGUGUCCGAGGGCAUCGGGUGGACGGAGAAGGCCCUGGCAGUGGCCAUCAGCCUGGCGGCGACCCAGGCCGGCAGGAAGGAGAUGAUGUCCACCCCGGGGCUGGUGAGCACGCUGGCGAUGCUGCUGGACACGGGGGAGCCGACGGAGCAGGAGCAGGCGGUGUCGUGCCUCCUGGCGAUGUGCACGGCGGACGACAAGUGCAUCGCGCCAGUGCUGCAGGAGGGCGUGGUGCCGUCGCUGGUCUCCAUCUCGGCGACCGGCACGGGGCGGGGGCGGGAGAAGGCCCAGAAGCUGCUGAAGCUGUUCCGGGAGCAGCGGCAGCGUGACGGUGGGCAACCGCCCGCGUCUCAGCAGCAGCAGCAGCAGGCCCCGUCGUCGGAGGCCGGGAACGGGAACGGGAACGGCGGCGGGGUGAUGGUGUGUCACCGGGAGUCGAAGCCGCUGUGCAAGUCCAAGUCGAGGAAGCUGGGGCGGACGCUGAGCUCGCUGUGGAAGAACCGGGGCUUCUCCCUCUACCAGUGCUAG